UUUCUAUUUGUAACUUCUACGACUAACUUCUAAGAUUUUUGUCUCGAGUUUUUUAUUUGAAUCCUCAGCUUAAAGUGGUUAUUCUACAAAGCAAAAUUUCUGUUUGCAUAAGACUUACAGCGCACUUUUAGUAUUUGCAGGCUAGCUCAUUGGCUCAUAUCGUGCUGAACAAAGUAGUUACACACUGACAUAUUUCUAUGAGGUCACAUUUUUGUAUUUACGGUUCUUGACAAAUUAACUCAACAGUAAAUUAAGAAGUUAAUUGUACACAUAUUUAAUUAGUAAUUGCGGCUUGAUUUUCCAUGCGUGGAAUCAAUUUCAAGGGUGACAAACUUCCAAACGCUCAAAUCUUAUCAGUCAUCACGAACCAUCCUUUUUGUCCCAUUUUAUAGUGCUUUACUACAUAAACACUACUACGGAAUACGGAUUGCGUCAAAAACGUACGUACUGUUGUAGACCAAGAUGAAGAAUAAGGAGUAAUCCUCAAAAGUGAUUUCUAUUCUUAUUGACACUGACACUUAGUUCGCUUCUUGCGUCUUACAUUGCUGUGUACUGUGAUUAUUACCAACGUUUCGUAAGAACAAUUAGCGUGUCAAAGUCUUUUAUCACUAAUCUGGGGUUUCGUUCCUCAUCUCGCCGUGUUUUGCUUGUCGAAUGCAAAUUUGACCAGAUUUCUUCAUAAGAUAUAACACUUUGCCACCUGCAUCGAUCCAAUUUGGGGAAAUUUUAAAAUUAGUGUAGCGUGUUAGUGUCGAUCAUCCUUCGUCUGCAUUUAUCUUGCACCGUUAAGAUCCUGAAGAGUUAAUGAAAAAGUUGAUAUUUUCGUGAAAUAAGCUGCAAUAAUAACAAUUGUAUCUGCAGAUUAGCAUGAAAUAACAGACGAGUUGUACUGACUGUGUUUUCAGUUGUGUUGGUGCUGAUGAGAAACAAAUGGAAAACAAAAUCGGAAAUCGCAAAAUCAGUUAACAAAGUGAAAAGUGUGUAGCACAGCCAAAUUACAUAUCUGUGUGUGUAACGUAUGAAUUUACUAAAAGCAAAUAAAUAUACUAAUGCAAUCGAGAUUCUUAAAAAUACCAUUUUAACCAUCAUUUAAUUUAAAUUUCAACAACAUUAGCCGAAUUAAAUACGCUCGAUUGGUUGUGAUAUUGUCUGAAAGCAAAAUUGAGUACAGCUUAAUCCUCCCAAUCUGAACGUGAAGAAAGGAAGUAAUCUCAUCAUCAUAUUGAUUGUCGACACUUUACAUAUUUUACAAGCCAUCAAACUUUUUUCAUAUCCAGUAAAUUUCCAUAAUUUUAAUUUUUUUGCAUCAGUGCAAGUCAUACACAACACAAGUCAACAAAAGUAGUGCUGUUUUAACUACCCAAUUUUUAUUGAAGGUACUCCAUUACAGAACUAAUAACAUGGAAGUAUUUAUCUAUGCAUUAGUGAAUAUGAUGUGUGUAUGAGUCGUAAACAAAUUGCUCUGGGAGAGUCUGGGCUGAACUGUGUGUUAUUAUCAAUCGCAACUUAUAGGAAGUAACAAGACGAAGAUAAAAUCAAUGUGGUUUUAGUAAACAUGUGAUGACAUGCGAAGCGUUGAAACAAGAUUGGAGCAGAAUAAACUGAUCACAUUAAUAAAUUUUUAUAGUUUACUCCCAUGUCUAAUAAUAAUAAUAAUAAGCGUGUUGACCAAGCGACGACUUUCAAGAGGGGUGAAAAUCUAAGAUCUGUCUAAGUCAAGUUCUUAUGGCCCAUUUCAGCCUGAUCAGUGUCCAGCUAAUAAUCCUUCGUCAGAGCUCCUCAAUAUCUAGGAUUUUGUUGUAAUGUGAUUCAUCUCUCUUCAACCCGUACGAGUUAUUUUCAUUUUCUCACAUUGCCUCACAGUCUCAGUUUCCCUGAAUCGAAGCAUUUGUGCACAUGUACUUCCCGAAUCUCUUUAACAAGUGACAAGUGAAGAAAAUUACGACAUAAACUUACAUAUUUAUGUAUGUACAUACGCUUAAUGAAAUACAUAAUUUUAUGUAACAAGUGAUUUGCUCAUUUUUCGCGACUCGACUACAAUUUUAUGUCAUUGAAAAUUGUUUUAUGAAAUUAACAUUCCCAAACCUUAAGAAUAAUUGAUUGAUGACUGAACCUUCAGAACAAUUAACUGUCAUUGUGUUUAGUGCUAUGGAGUAAAUGCAGAUAUAUAUUCACGGAUAUUGCUAUUUUCUUUGUAUUAAAACCGAAAUCCUAGAAAGUUUUAACCUUAACGCGCAUAUUGUUACUAUAAUAAUAAUACUACUACGUCACCUUAUCUGACAUGGUCUGGAUUCAAUUGUCUGUUUACAUGCAGUAAUAACUUUGUAUCUUUUGUGCUUCGCUGCUGCAAUUACUUUGGAAGACAGGAAUAUGCUCGUCGGUGUUUAGCAUUUACGAUUUAUUAUGUCGUAGUUCCAUUGUUGGUUAUACGUAUGUAGGAAGACAUGCAUACUUAGUGCAUGCGUCUGUCUUAACUUAUUGGGCUUGGAAGUAAAAGUUUAAAAUAUUGGUACAAUCUAAAAACAUAGUGUAAUAAAUACAAAAGACUCAGUGAAACCAUUAGAUUUUUAUAAAGACAAGUGUUACGUAAUACAAUAAUAACACAAACAAUUAGAUAAUUACAUAAUAAUAAUUAUUAUUUGUUAUAAUUUUGGCAGCGUGGACUAGUACAUACCUUCCAAGUCAAUCAAUUAUUUACAAAAUAAAGACUUGCAGCAAUAUAUUUACAAAAUCAAAGACUUGUAACAAUAUAUUUACAAAAUAAGCUUAUGCACUGACGAAAGUUAUAAAUCUUACCGGAUUUAGUGUUUGUAUGCAAAAGAACAGCCAACACAUUUCAAUCUUUCGGAAAGCAAACAACAUUUCCAAUAAUCAGGAAAAUGACGGAAGACGCUUUAUUUAAUUUGCGGUGGGACGCACAACGUUCGGCGUUGUUGGGGUCCAUGGCGAGUCUAUAUCGGGAAGAAGCAUUUGUGGACACGACGAUUGUUGCAGACAAUAAAAUAUUCAAGGCCCACAAACUACUCCUUUCUGCCAGCAGUUCAUAUCUGAAAAAUAUGUUGGAGAGCGUGCCUGCAUUACAGCAUGCGGUUAUAUUUAUGCCACACAUCGGUGCGUCGGACUUGGGAAAUCUUUUAAAAUUCAUCUAUGAUGGAGAGAUUAAAAUCAAUAAGCGAUCUCUGAAAUCAUUCUUAGCAGUAGCUAAACUACUUAGAAUUAAGGGGAUGGAUUUUGAGCUUAACGAGGAUCUCGAAACCAAUAUCCCCCUUGCUUAUGCUCAAAACUUAUCCACCAGUUCACCAAUAGCUUCACCGUCCAACCCCAAUAAGAGACUCGCAUCGGAAGCCAGGCUUGACGAAGAAGCCAAUAAUAGUUCCAUUCCUUCUAAAAUACUUAGUGCAAUUUCUUCCCAAAUCAACAACUCUCAACGCUCAACACCACCAAAGGAAAAUGGUCAAUCGUUCAACUCAAUUUCCAACACUGCAGGUGUUGUUAUUAAUUCAUCCGAUGAUGAGUCCACCAAAGGCACUUCUCGUCCUGCCCUCAUUGGUGGGGGCAGUGGGCGAUCUGCAAAUAGCUCAAUAUCUUCACAGGCGUCCAACAAUAACAACAAUAUGCCAUCCCCACACAAUGACACCUCAAGACUUAGUCACCAUUUGAACCACACCACUUCCAACGGGGAUGACAACUCACAGCUUUCCCCGCCUAUGAACCGAAACGGUGGUGUUGACGUUGAGGACGAUGUUCAGGACGACAGCAAUGCAAGCAACAAUCCAGAUGCCAAAGGCAACACUGCUCUUAAUCUGCAUAUUGGUCGCUAUCAUAAUCAUAAUCAUGACACUGAGAGUUUGGACAUGGACCAAGACAGUCGACCCUUGGGGGAUGAGCGAGAGGGAAGAAUGUCCAUCCACGAUGGAGACAUGGAUGAUGAGUAUGACGAUGAUGAUGACUCUUUCUCCAUGUCAAUUCAACCGGAAGUGUCCUUACGAGAGUCAGAUGAGUCCUUCACCAUUAGUGAUAGGCGUCACUCAUUUUCUCAUAAACCAACCAGUUUCAGUAACAGUUUCAAUCUGUCGUUGAUGGGAAACUCUGCAUUAUCUGUGACUCCAACCGUAGGUGGUAAUUUGAGUGGGGGUGGCUUGUCCGUUCCAUCUUCACCACUUUCACUCCAGCAGCAGUUGACGCUCAAACAUUUGAGCAAAUUGGCUCGACCAAUGAUUCCAAAAGCUCAUCAGUUACCAGGUCAAGGGUCACCUCAAUCGGGAGGUGUGUCUGCGAUUAAUGAGGGGAUUCUAAUGAGGAUGAUGCGAGAACCCUUACAAGGUGGUUCCACCAGCAGCAAACCAUCGAGCAGUCCAGGAAAUUCGGGUUUUUUCGAUAAUUUGUCGCAUAAUGAUCCAAAUCUCCUAUCAGCCGGUUUGAGGAAGCAAAAACGCUAUGUUGCUUGUACGAGUUGCAGCAAAGUUUUAAGCAGUUUAUCGGCAUUAAAACGACACAUGGAAGAUGUACAUUGUGCACGCAUACAAGGAAAGUGUCUCCUCUGUGGACGGGUAUACAGCUCAAGGAAUUCGCUAUUGACCCACGUCUAUAGUGCCCAUAAAUUGCACCAGGAUUACAAGGCCGUCGCCCGGAUAAUCCGAGAGUCAGAUUUUGAGCAGUUUGCAACAGCUUAAUUUAUGACCCCUACAAAAAACUGUGUUUGAAGACACAUAAUAGACGGAUCGGAUCGUUUCGUAGAACGAAGCAUGGCUACAAUAUGAAGAAAAUCUCUGUAAAGAGCACCAUAUGCUGACAGAAAUGAUCUAGUUUUAUGAAAUUAUUUAUGUAAAGUCAUAAUUGCUUAUAGUAAGUCUUAUGUUUUAUAAAGUUUCUAAGUCGAAGAUUGCUGUCCCAUUGGUCGUAACAAUGGUCACACAGUUGACAGUGUUUGGGGCAUCGACAAUGCAUAAAUAAAUAAUGAUGGCGUAAAUAGAUGCAAACAAAGCUUUCACUUGACGUAGGAAAAGGUGAUGACAGCCCAUAGUUAGCUUGUGAUUCUUUCUUCAUACAAUAUUUUUUCAAUGACACUCAAUUUGCUCAGAAUAUACUUUAUAGAGCUUGCAAAGUAGAAAUAUAUAUUUAAAUAAAUUUACAUGUAUGCACCGAUACCAUGUGAUGCAAAAACUGGAGGAGAAGAUUCAGCACUUUCUUGACACUAAUAAGGAUAAGUCGGAAUUAGAGUUACCAAAUACAUUAACAAUUCAUAAGUCGUUUAUCGUUAUGAUUUCUAUAUACAAAAUAAGAGCAAUAUAGGUCUUGAUAUUUUGCUAAGUCUUAGUUUUUAAUGUAAAGGUUGCACAUAAUAUAUUAAAGUUGCAUUAUUGACAUAAUCAAAUACAGGUUCAAUUCUGAAUUCAAGAAAUAUGUAUCAUUUAAAAGUGACAACAAUGACUUUGGCUGGAUUAGUUAAGUGAAUUGAAUAUACACAUAAAUAAACACGUAGAAGUUCUAGGAGACGCACUACAUGCACGCGUAGUUUCUCGUGACAUGAACACUAAAGUUCAACUGUUGACUUUAUUACCCCCGCUUGGGUGUAAGUACUGCUGAUGAUAAUGACAAUUUACAAGUUUGCAACAAUAAUUUACAAUUUUCGGUCUCACUUCGGUAUUGAAAAAAAGGUGUAAUACACGGAACAUUUACAACACAAUAGCAAAUGCAGAAUGUAGUUGUGAAUAGAAAGUUCAAUCAUGUAAUACUAAUUAAUUGAUGAGGGCGUUGGUAGUAUUUUACUUUUGUUUACAUUGUAGCGCUAAAUAGUCGUUAAAAUAAUUAGAUUAUUUCCUUAUACUAUUUAAUUGUUACUCAAGCUUUAAAGUAUACGGGUGUGGUUUGAUUAUUAUUUUUAUAUCAAUAUAUUGCUCAAUUUACACGAAGUAAUAACACCAAUGUGAAUAUUUUGAAGAGUCAACCGGUUUCGUUUCCAGUUUCUAAAGUUAUGCUGUUCGCUAGUGAUCUUGUGUAAUUACUUAAAUUCCCAAUUUUGAUUUUAUAUGCAAUUAAUAAUAAAUGAUUAUAAAAUUAACGUCGAA